AACUGAUCGAUUGGUCGAGCCUGCGCAGGUAGUUCUCGGAAGAGCGGAGCAGUUUUAACUACAGCGUAAACAAGUAACCUUUAAAACAAAUUGGAAGGGACGCGUACCUUCGAGGAAACACGCCUUUGACAAAUCGCCGUUUUUAUUUACACCAGCCUAGGUUGAUACGCAAAAACUGCCUAGGAAAUAGUUGGUGACGUUUGCAGUGUCUUAUCAGUGUAGAAUGUACCGCUCCCAUACUUUCGAUAUAUUAUGUGUCGACGUUAGCUUCCAGUGACCUGUUGUCGGUUUGGGUAGAAGAGGACUUAGUGGAUUUUAUUUGGCUGAAACUUCCAUUUACGGCCUAUUAAUGCGUCUGUACCCACGUGACCAUGUUAGUUCAUCUUGACCUUCUCGUCUUCGUCCUGCUAUUCUUCACCUGUGCAGAUCUCGCCUGCGUCAGGAGGUUACGCUCUACAGAGGAUGGUUCACAAGAGGCAGUGUUUGUGGAUGAAGGGGAGGCAAAUUCAUUCCUGGGUCGUCAUCUGCUGUUCAACCGGUUCGACUUUGAAAUUUUUGUCCCUGGAAACUUGGAAAGGGAGUGUAAUGAAGAGGACUGCAAUUACGAAGAAGCAAGGGAGGUCUUUGAAGAUGUCCCGGCUACAAAUGACUUUUGGAAGAGAUACACUGCAGAGAAGGACAAGGUAGCCGCAAGGGUUGACAUUACUUCCCUCCUGGUGUCGCUGAUUGUCGUCGGGGUGAUCUUUGUCAUGUUGGGCCUACUCAGCUGGUAUUUAUGUCCAGGCAAAUGUAAGAACGACUUCAGUCAAGUGAGCUCAGUUCGGGUUCGUCCCAGGAGCAAUGCCGCUGUCAUCAUACGUCGUCUAGAGGAGAUGUCUUUACAGCCGGUGCUACCACCCCCUGCUCCGAUGGAUGAAAUCGAGCCCCCGGGACUGCCCUCUUAUGAGCAGGCUAUCGCAAAAGGCGGACAACAUGAUGCCCCACCUCCUCCCUAUCCGGGUUCACGACAUGGAAGUCUUCGUCGGUAGAGUCUUCGGGAGCUUCACAUCAAUUCUCAAACUGUGAUUUUUGACGCAACUCAUCACAAGUUGCCUGUGCCUCCUGUUUAUCAUAGGGAUUGAACUGUCCUAUCAAGCUCACGUUUUUAUUUAAUCCACUGUUAAUCUUAACCUUCUAGAGUCUAUGCCUAAAAUGUAUUAUUAGGAGCCUGUAUUAUGAUUUUUCUGCACUAAAAUCCAAACCUACACUGAAUUAAAGUUAAAAAUGACAUCAGUGGUACCUUGACUUAGGAGUGAUUCGAUUUAUGAGAUUUUGAGCUAUGAGCCGCCGCUCAGACAAUUUUUUUUCUUUUUAUCAUUCCCUUUGAAGCAGAAAUUUGAGAUACGAGCUCUUGAUGGUGGCCUGUCACAUCAACCAGCAAUUUGGCACAAUAUUCUUCUAAAACAGUGUGAAGUUCAUGACUGGGGAGGCACUGACGUCAAUUCCCCCCCCCCCCCCCCCUCUCUCUAUGCCGUUCUGGGGAUUGUUUCGCUACUGUAAUUAUUGCUUGAAAUAUCUGUACAGCUGAGUCCAAGACUGAGAAUGAUUGCAAUACGAAAUCACUUCUUUUUUUUCUUGAUGGUGAAAAAAGGCCUACAGAAGACAUGUAAAUCUUAUCUAGACACUUUGAAUGAUAAAUUAAAUCUUAUCUAGAAACUAAAUGAAUAAAUACUGUGUAUGAAUAGUU